UUGCAUAAUUAAUUUAUAUUAAUUCAUGCUGUUUAUAUGCAGAUUCUUGAAAUGGACACUUAUAGGUAUCACUGUCAUUCCAUGUCUGAUCCUGGAAGCACCUAUCGAACCCAUGGUGAGAUUACUGGUGUUAGACAGGAGCGUGAUAAGAUUGAAAGAAUUAGGAAGCUAAUAUUGUCGCAUGACCUAGCUACCGAGAAAGAGUUGAAGGACAUUGAGAAGGAAGUAAGGAAAGAGGUAGACGAUGCAGUUGCUCAAGCUAAGGAAAAUCCAGUGCCUGAAUCCACUCAACUCUUCACUGAUGUGUACGCUAAAGGUUUGGGCGUUGAGUCAUUUGGAGCAGAUAGGAAAGUAAGAGCUACACUUGCAUAA